AUGCAAACAACGACAGCCAAUAAGAAGAAUUCUCCAACCUCAAGAUCUUCCAUUCUUUCACCCAACACAAGGAAUUCGAUUCAAAAUAAGGAUGGAUCAAAUACGACAACCAACACAACUCCCAACGAAAGUGCACUCUUGCCAAGUGGACAACAAGAACAACCAUUAUUGAGAAGAGAGGCGAAUACUCAUGAAACAUUCUCGCAUGGAUCGAAUCCACCCGUGGCCACAACCACGACCACCACCGCCACAAGAAAAAGAACACCACGUUAUUCAAUUUCAAUAAAGGAGUUGCUUAAUUAA